AAAAAAAACCGUCCUCUCCUCUCCUGGUGCCCAUGGUGGAGACCAGCAGCAGCUUCCCCACCCAGGACAAGGCUUAGUCUCCACUUGCUGACAUCUUAGUCUCCUAUUCAUCCUGCAAGACCCUGUUCACGUCACUGCCCCCAGGAAGUCACCCAUGUUCCUUCCAGCAAGGACGGUCCUCUCUCUUCUGAACCUCCACAUCUAUCUUACGACUCUCAGUGCCAAGCACUAGGAAUGGCACAGACUAAGUGUCGAUUCAUGUUUAUUAAACUAUACAGAUUAACACUGCAAUUUUCCAGAUGAGGAAACUGAGACCCAAAGAGAGACAGCAACUGGCCUAGGGCCACCAGCAUGCAGAUGCCUGCCAUGAUGUCUCUGCUUCUUGUGUCUGUGGGCCUCAUGGAAGCACUUCAGGCCCAGAGUCACACCAUCACACACCGAGACCUCUUCUCUCAAGAGAUGCCGCUGGACAUGGCCCUGACCUCCUUUGAUGACCAGUACGCUGGCUGUGCCACCGCCAUGACAGCUGCUCUCCCGGAUCUCAACCACACGGAGUUUCAGGCCAACAAGGUAUAUGCAGACGGCUGGGCACUAGCAAGCAGCCAAUGGCAGGAGCGCCAGGCCUGGGGUCCAGAAUGGAGCCUCAGCCCUACCAGUUCACCUCCGCCACCUCCAGGCUUCCGCAAUGAGCAUGGGGUGGCCCUCCUGGCCUACACAGCCAACAGCCCCCUGCACAAGGAGUUCAACGCAGCGGUGCGUGAGGCAGGCCGCUCCCGGGCCCACUACCUCCAACACUUCUCCUUUAAGACACUCCAUUUCCUGCUGACUGAGGCCCUGCAGCUGCUGGGAAGGAGGCAGCGUCCACCCCGGUGCCACCAGGUGUUUCGAGGCGUGAACGGCCUGCGCUUCCGACCAGCAGGGCCUAGGGCCACCGUGAGGCUGGGGGGCUUUGCCUCCGCUUCCCUGAAGAAUGUUGCAGCCCAGCAGUUUGGUGAGGACACCUUCUUUGGCAUCUGGACCUGCCUUGGGGCCCCUAUCAAGGGCUACUCCUUCUUCCCUGGAGAGGAAGAGGUGCUGAUCCCCCCCUUUGAGACCUUCCAAGUGAUCAAUGCCAGCAGACCAGCCCAGGGGCCCGCCCGCAUCUACCUCCGGGCCCUGGGCAGGCACAGCACUUACAACUGCGAGUACAUCAAAGACAAGAAGUGCAAGUCUGGGCCUUGCCAUCUGGAUAAUUCAGCCAUGGGGCAAAGCCGCUUCUCUGCAGUCUGGGCUCUGCUGCUACUGCUCUGGUUCCUCACGGUGAGGCCCUUUCCAGAUGCUCCAGGCUUCCCUUAAUGCAUGAGACACAGGACAGCCUUGCCCACCAUCUCUGCCCAGCUUGAGGAUGUUGGCCAUGUGUGCUUUCAGUGUAACCAAGAUUCCUGGCAACCCCAUCUGCAAGGAACUCCAGGACCUUCUCUGGUAGCUGUCAGACCUGCUGGGGGAGAAACAGGAGACACUCUGGGGACUGAACUUACCCAGGGCUCUAGGAGUGAGACUCUGAAUAAUGGGUUGGG